UGUUGCUAUGAUGCAAUGGCGACUGCGCCGUGGGAAGCGAGAGAGGAGUUGAAUGAGUUUCCUCCACAGUUGAGGACACACGGCCACCGACAGUCCCUGUGGGGAGCCCACAGCCGCGGACACGCCGAUAGAAGCCUUUCUGGACUCUGUGCAUGAAAACACGGAUCCAGGUGUGUCCACUAGCCUUGCAGCUAGCCAUGUCAUGAAGGUUGGAGAGAUUUCACACACCUUUGCGAGACGUAUCAGCAGCAGCAGCAGCAGCAGCGAGGCAGGAGAGGCACCAACACCCUGUUCGCUCUGAGCCGAAACGCACCCAGGAGCGCCUGUACACACCGGUUUAUUUAUUUAUUUUUAUUCUUUAUUAUUAGUCACGUUUUGUGGCAUUGUCCUCAUCGCCUCAGCGGACCGCAUUGUACUGGACCACCAUGGCUGAGAGAACCUCCGCCGGGUUGCUCUCAAUGAUGCUGGAACCCACGCCGGCGGUCGCGAUGACCCUUCCGGCGGAGGUCCGGGAGAAGCUGGCGGAGCUGGAGCUGGAGCUGUCUGAAGGAGACAUCACUCAGAAGGGCUAUGAGAAAAAAAGAAGCAAGCUGCUGGCGCCCUACAUCCCACAGAUACAAGGUGUAGAUCCAUCUUUGCAAAUUGACAACAGGAUCCAGGCCUCCUCCCAAGUUGUUCUUCCAGUGUCCAAACACAACAAGUCCCGGGCCGGCAAUGCCCGUGAUGAGCGCUUCAGAUCUGAUCUGCACACAGAGGCCGUCCAAGCUGCUUUGGCAAAGUACAAAGAGAGGAAAAUGCCAAUGCCCUCGAAGAGACGAUCUGUGUUAGUUCAGUCUUCAGUCGAGGCGUGCACCCCACCUGACACCUCCUCAGCGUCAGAAGAUGAGGGCUCGCUGCGACGGCAGGGACGCUUAGCCACAUCCACGCCCUAUCAGGGUCACAGUCACCCAGCAGUCGAGCACUGGUUCAACCGGGUCAUCCAGGGCUCGUCCACCUCCUCCUCAGCCUCAUCCACCUCAUCCCACCCAGGAGGCAGAUCUGUCACCAACAGCGCCACUCACGCUGCCCUCAACGCCAACGCCACUGCGACCGCACUAGCAGACCUCAUGGCACACACCCAGCUAGAUAACCACUCAGCACCCCCCGACGUGACGGGGUUGUCCGAGCGCUCCUCGAUUCACCUGGAGCGGCCCCAGGUGGGCUCAGUCCGAGGCAUUUCCCGCAGCUACAACCACCAUGCCAGCAUGAUGGAGACCGCAGAUGGCUGUGAGUGGGGAGGUGACGGAUCCCUGACUUUAAACAAUGGUGUUCCUGUCAACAGUCGUGUCUCCAACAAAAUCCAGCAGCUGCUCAAUACAUUAAAGAGACCAAAGCGUCCACCAUUACGUGAAUUCUUUGUUGACGACUUCGAGGAGCUUUUAGAUGUCCAGCAGCCAGAUCCCAACCAGCCCAGGCCAGAGGGCCAGCAGAUGAGCCCCCUGGAGGGAGAGCCUCUCGGGGUGGUCACCAACUGGCCUCCUUCUCUGCCAGCAGCCCUGCAAAGGUGGGGCACCACUCAUCCAAAGAGCCCCUGUCUGACAGCACUCGACAACGCCGGCAAGCCCGUCUACACACUCACCUAUGGUAAACUUUGGACCCGCAGUCAGAAACUGGCCUACACUUUGCUAAACAAGCUGAGCAGCAGAAAUGAACCUUUGCUAAUGCCUGGAGACAGAGUUGCGCUCGUUUUCCCCAACAAUGACCCCGUGAUGUUCAUGGUAGCCUUCUAUGGCUGCCUCCUGGCAGAGCUGGUACCUGUGCCUAUUGAAGUCCCGCUGACCAGAAAGGAUGCAGGCAGUCAGCAGAUUGGCUUUCUGUUGGGCAGCUGCGGGGUCACGCUGGCACUGACCACUGAUGCUUGUCAGAAAGGCCUGCCCAAAGCACAAACAGGGGAGGUUGUCACUUUCAAAGGCUGGCCACGGCUGCUUUGGUUCGUGACAGAUGGGAAGCAUGUUGUGAAGCCUCCAAAAGACUGGCACCCGCCAGUACGGGAAGCCAGCAAUGACAUCGCUUAUAUAGAAUAUAAAACAAGCAAAGAGGGAAGCACCAUGGGAAUAACUGUGUCCCAUUCAACCAUGCUGGCUCACUGUCAGGCCCUCACACAGGCCUGCGGCUACACAGAAGGUGAAACUAUCACGAAUGUUCUGGACUUUAAACGCGAAGCAGGAUUAUGGCAUGGUGUCCUCACGAGCGUCAUGAAUCGGAUGCACGUGAUCAGCAUUCCCUAUUCCUUGAUGAAAGUCAACCCUCUGUCCUGGAUACAGAAGGUUCACAUGUACAAAGCGCGGGUAGCGGUGGUGAAGUCGAGGGACAUGCACUGGUCUCUGCUGGCCCAGAGAGACCAGAGAGACAUCAGUCUGAGCUCACUACGGAUGCUGAUCGUGGCAGAUGGAGCUAACCCAUGGUCGAUAUCAUCCUGCGACGCCUUCCUCAAUGUGUUUCAGGCACGUGGGCUGCGACCUGAGGUGAUCUGCCCAUGUGCCUGCUCCUCAGAAGCAAUGACUGUCGCCAUCCGGAGACCUCCAGAGAUGGGUGUUCCUCCUCCAGGCAAAGCAGUGCUGUCCAUGAGCGGACUGAGUCAUGGUGUGAUCCGAGUGGACACAGAGGAGAAACUCUCUGUCCUCACAGUCCAGGAUGUGGGCCAGGUCAUGCCUGGAGCUGUUGUUUGUGUGGUGCGAGUGGAGGGAACACCUUUUCUCUGCCAGACAGAUGAGGUUGGAGAGAUCUGCGUGAGCUCAGGCAGCUCUGGUUUAGCAUACUACGGUCUCCCAGGCAUGACCAAGAACAUCUUUGAGACUAUCCCAGUAAAGCCAUCUGGAGUCUCCAUCGGUGACAGACCUUUCACCAGAACCUCCCUGCUGGGCUUUGUGGGACCAGACAACCUUGUGUUUGUUGUUGGGAAGAUAGAUGGCCUCAUGGUCGUCAGUGGGCGGAGACACAAUGCAGAUGAUGUGGUUGCCACUGCGCUGGCUGUAGAGCCCAUGAAGUUUGUGUACAGGGGAAGGAUAGCAGUAUUUUCAGUGUUGGUCCUGCAUGAUGAGAGGAUCAUUGUGGUGGCCGAGCAGAGGCCAGACGCUUCGGAGGAGGACAGCUUCCAGUGGAUGAGCCGAGUCCUCCAGGCCAUUGACAGCAUCCACCAAGUUGGGGUGUACUGCCUCGCUCUUGUUCCUGCCAACAAUCUUCCGAAAGCUCCUUUGGGUGGCAUCCACAUAUCUGAGACUAAGCAGCGUUUCCUGGAGGGCGCCCUGCAUCCCUGCAACGUCCUCAUGUGUCCUCACACAUGUGUCACCAACCUGCCCAAACCAAGGCAAAAACAACCAGAGGUUGGUCCUGCCUCUAUGAUAGUGGGCAACCUGGUGGCAGGCAAGAGGAUAGCACAAGCCUGUGGGAGAGACCUGGGGCAGCUCGAGGACAAUGACCAGGCACGUAAGUUCCUCUACAUCCAGGAUGUGCUGCAGUGGAGAGCUCAGGCCACUCCGGAUCAUCCUCUGUUCCUCGUUCUCAAUUCAAAGGGCACAGUGGCCAGCACAGCUUCCUGCCUGCAGCUGCACAAGCGAGCAGAGCGCGUGGCAGCAGCUCUGAUGGGACGCCUCAACACUGGGGACCAUGUAGCACUUGUCUACCCACCGGGAAUCGACCUGAUUGCAACCUUCUAUGGCUGCCUGUAUGCUGGGUGUGUCCCUGUCACAGUUAGACCUCCACACCCACAGAACCUGGCCACCACUCUGCCAACUGUCAAGAUGAUUGUUGAGGUCAGUAAGUCGGUGUGUAUCCUGACAACUCAAGCUAUAAUGAAGCUACUGAAAUCCAAAGAGGCUACAGCAGCUGUGGACAUCAAGAGCUGGCCCACAGUAAUGGACACUGAUGACCUCCCCAGGAAGAAGUGUCCUCAGACAUACAAGCCCCCCACACCAGAGAUGCUGGCUUACUUGGACUUCAGUGUCUCCACAACUGGGAUCCUGGCAGGAGUCAAAAUGUCUCAUUCUGCCACUAGUGCCUUGUGUCGCUCUAUCAAGCUGCAGUGUGAGCUCUACCCUUCCCGGCAGAUCGCCAUCUGUCUGGAUCCCUACUGUGGCCUGGGCUUGGCUCUCUGGUGCUUGUGCAGUGUUUACUCCGGCCACCAGUCGAUCCUCGUUCCUCCUCUUGAGCUGGAGAGUAAUGCUUCUCUGUGGCUUUCUGCUGUCAGCCAGUACAAAGUCCGCGUCACCUUCUGCUCAUAUUCAGUCAUGGAGAUGUGCACUAAGGGUCUGGGCUCACAAACAGAAGCUCUGCGGUUGCGAAAUGUGAAUCUGUCCUGUGUGCGGACGUGCAUGGUGGUGGCGGAGGAAAGGCCUCGGAUCACCCUCACUCAGUCCUUCUCGAAGAUCUUCAAGGACUUGGGGCUCUCACCGCGAGCUGUCAGUACCACCUUUGGCUGCAGAGUGAACAUAGCAAUCUGUUUGCAGCCCAACAGGUUAGGGAAACUGGCUGAGCAGGGAACAUCUGGACCAGAUCCCACCACCGUUUAUGUGGAUAUGCGAGCUCUGCGACAUGACAGGGUUCGCCUUGUGGAGAGAGGAUCCCCUCACAGUCUGCCCCUGAUGGAGUCUGGGAAGAUUCUGCCUGGAGUAAAAGUGGUCAUUGCCAACACAGAGACAAAAGGACCUUUAGGAGACUCACAUCUAGGAGAGAUUUGGGUGAGCAGUCCUCACAACGCCACAGGCUACUACACAGUUUAUGGGGAAGAGGCGCUGCAUGCUGACCACUUUAACACCAAGCUCAGCUUCGGAGACACCCAGACAAUCUGGGCAAGAACCGGUUAUCUGGGGUUCCUGCGACGCACCGACCUCACUGACGCCAGUGGAGAGCGCCACGAUGCGCUCUAUGUGGUGGGCUCUCUUGACGAGACUCUGGAGCUGAGGGGAAUGAGGUAUCACCCCAUCGACAUUGAGACAUCCGUUAUCCGUUCUCACAAGAGCAUAGCUGAAUGUGCGGUGUUCACAUGGACCAACCUCCUGGUGGUAGUGGUGGAGCUGGAGGGAUCCGAGCAGGAGGCCCUGGACCUGGUGGCCUUGGUGACAAACGUUGUCCUGGAGGAGCACUACCUCAUCGUGGGAGUAGUGGUUGUUGUUGACCCCGGUGUAAUCCCCAUCAACUCCAGAGGGGAGAAGCAGCGGAUGCAUCUCAGAGACGGUUUCCUGGCUGACCAGCUGGAUCCUAUUUAUGUGGCGUACAACAUGUGAGGGGCCCAUCUAAGAGGGUUACCCCCUCCUGUUUUUGUUUUUUUUUUCCCCACUCCUGGAGAUAGCAGAAUAGGAAUGCCUUGUGUGACCAAGGCAUUGAGUGACAGACUCUUACUCUUCAAAACAAGGCAUGAGACCAAAACAUGGAUACAAGACUUAGGAAAAAAAAUAAAAAAUUAAGAAUUCCAGCAGGUAUGAGACUGACACAAACCUCACGUCUGUUUCCCAUGUGGAUUUUGUGCAUCAGCAAAUAAUAUUUUAAAGGGCAUUUUUAUUUUACUGCUGUGAGUUUUGGAUGUAUAUCAUAACUCUGGACUCGUCAAUCCCAGGUGCAGCACAGCAGGAGGCUUAUAAUACGACACUACAGCGUAGAUGUAAUUUAUUUUGUUAUGCUCAGAUGGAUGAAUGUUCAGCGUGUGCUUAUUCCAGUACACCAAACAACAUUAAAACUACAUGUUCACGUCCGACACUUUUCAUAAAAAAUACAUCCUAGCAUUACAGCUGUUCUCUUAAUUUAUGUCCACAUCAUGAAUAUGCGUUGAUGAAGGAGCACAUGGCUUGGUAGGAUGGGUUAAUGUUGUUAUUUUGGCUUACUGUUAUUACACGAUGUGAGUCAAACAGAAUGUGAUCUGUCCAUGAAGUUUCACACACUUCUCUAUGGCAUGCAUAGAAGUUGAAAACAUAGUCCGAAUAUACAGCUUUCAUUACAUUAUGGUACACUAACUACACAUUGGCUAAUUGCUAAAAUCACAAAUUAUCAUAAUUAAUUAUUAAAUAAAUAUGAUGAGGCUACUGCACUGCCUCGUAUUAUCUGAUGGUUAUAGCAGCAUAACUCAUUAGAAACUGCACUAAAAAUAAACCACUAGCAAACAUAUUUUGUUUUAAUAAGAAGAUAUCCUACACAUUUAUUUUAAAAGUAGCUUUGUGAUGUUAGAGGUGUGACAGGCAGAGGUUGUCACACCUCUGCAAUUGUGACUUGAAUUUGUGUGAAUUUGCAAGAGUUGAGACUUCCUGGGAUUUCAUCAGGUCAUUGAUGGACUUUCUUAUCAAUAACCUUUAUCUUCACUUGGACUUAAGGUAUCUGACUUGAAAAUAUUAAUCAAUGGAAGUGAACCUGGUGUGCAGGGCAGCCUACUAUGCAGGACUGAUCUUUCCUUAAUAUUUUCUCCAUGACUUGCUGCAAGAUUGCAAGUGGUUUUGUGAUUAGAAAUUCUCUUGUAAAUUCAGUGCUCAGUACCUCAAUACCUGCUGAUCUGCUGGGAUUUUCAGACAAUUAUCCCUCAGAAAAACAGUGGAACACAAAAAUCAGUGUUGAUAUCAGAGGUCAUAAGAGAAUGUUUGGCUCACAUCGCAGAGCAACUCACAUCGGGUAAUAACGCUUUUUUGUGUCACCAGCCUUGAGAUAAUGUUGAGUGCAUUUGUUGAUUCCAUCUCAUAGUUUUCUACAUCUUGACAUGUAACAUAGUAACUGCUUAGUUUUAACAUGUGAUACAUGUGAUGUGAAAGAUGAUUGGCGUCCACUCCCAGUGAAUGAUUUCGUUCCCAAAGUGCUAAUUAGUUUAAAUCUAAAGAUGGACAGGAACAGGAUUAUGAUUGUGGAUUUCUGUUGGCUGUGAGCUAAAGGACACAAAUGAAGCCUUAAGUGUUUUUAAGAUGCCUGCUUAUAUUCCAGCUUAGUUUGUCAGCAGUGUGAUGGAGUGUGAAUAUGCAGAUUGAAGCUAGGUUUUAUUUUUUUUAGGUUUUAGAUUAAUAUAGGUAUACUUGAUACAAACAUCAGCCACCAUAAACAUGCUUAAACAUUUCUAUGAUUGAAAGUGAGUUUUAUAGAAGAAUAAAAUGAUUUCCGGUAGGCAUAGGUGUUGUCUUACCCUAAUUUUCCUGUGCCAUGAGGUUAAAUGACAGUUUGAGCUGCAAAUGCACAAUAUAAAUUCACUGUCUAAUAUCCUCAUAUCACCCUGUUUGUUGCUCCUUUGAAUUUUAAAAUUUCUUCAAUGACAAACUCCAGGCUUGUAAGUAUGUACAGAUUUUGUGUAAAUUAUUUUUGAUGAGGCGGCAACAGGAAACUCCAAAUAAAGACUAAUUCUGGUAUAUCUGUGAAUUUCUCACUCGUGUACAAAAUCAGUUUCUCACGUGGGAUGCCUUGUAAAGAUUUCUUUGGUGGGGAUGGAUACUUCCAAGAUGAGAUGAUCAAAACUCCAGCACAAAGAGAAGACAGUUGUACUCUGAAACUGCAGGGAUGUUGCAUAAGUCAGAGCAAAGUUUUAUGGUAAUGUACAGGAAGAUAAAAUUGUCUAAGAUGAUGGUCAGUUGUCAUUAUUUUCAUAACAUGAUUUGAUAAUAAAAAUAAAACAAAAAGUACUUUUACCUUAAAA